CGUGCGCAAUAGUUGCACAUGUUGACAUUGUCGAGAUGCGAAAUAUUGACAGGUUGGAACUGCGUUUAUGUGAAAUUUGACGAAGUAACGCCCUUAUUUUACACAGUUUAUGGGUAAGAAAUGCUGGACGAGAUAUAUUGAGAUCUAGCGUCAUGACGACGUCAUCUGUUCGCGUGUUUCAUAAACUAGAAGGAUUGUUUUCCAUUUACAAACCCCCCGGUGUCCACUGGAAACUCGUCCGGGAUACCGUCGAGACAAACCUGCUCAAAGGUACUGUACUGACACUAGCCUUUACUUUUGCACUGCAAUUGCAACAUAAUCCCUCAUGUUGUUGUUUUGAUAAGUGCAUGCUUAAUUGUAGUCUGAUUAAUCAGGCUGUAAUACACAAUUAAUUGGUAUAUACAGCCUGGAAAUAAUGCCUGCAAAAUCGAGGAAAUUUUCCUUAAAUGCCAGAAUGUUGAAUAAAAUUACAUUUAAACUUACGCUAACUUUACCUGUUGUCUGUGCGGUUUGUCCGUCAGCUGCUCGAAAUUUGAGACAAAUUAUUCACAGGAAAGUAUCGUUUACCCGACAUUUUAGAGAACCGGUCAUUUUUAGUAGUAUAUAUGGUUGAGUUCGUAACCGAGGUAACGUUUUUUUUGUGUGAAUUGUUUUUUUUAAAUUCAGAUUUCAAUCUUCCAAAAAAUCGACAAAAUAAAGUGGAUCCUCUCAUAAUUCAGAAUAUACCAUUACCUACCGGCUUUCUAAAAAGUUGGGUAAACAAUACUUUCCUGUGGAAAUCAGACUAGAUGAAUUGCUUCAGCUGUUAUUACCUUAUGGGUUUACCACCUGACCAGACUUGACAAGAAAGACUGCACGGGAUUUCCUGUCACCUGUCCAGUUCAUUCACAGCAAUGCAGUUGAAGGAAAUUAGAGAAUGAUUUUAAAUCUUACAUUUCUAGUCAUUUAGCAGACGCUCUUAUCCAGAGCGACUUACAGUAGCGAGAGAGCAUACAUUUUCAUAAAUGUUUUCGUACUGGUCCCCCGUGGGAAUCGAACCCACAACCCUGGCAUUGCAAGCGCCAUGCUCUACUAACUGAGUCAUACGGGACCGAUGAUGAUGAUGUUGAUGCACUCUCUCUCUCUCCAAAGGGAUAAAUGCUGCCCCUCCUCCAGCCCCUCGUCAGAGGGUCCAGUUCCUGGCUGAGCCCACCAGUGUUGUGGCUGAGGGUUCAAAUGAGCUCAUCCUGUCUGCAGCCUCUGUCCCAGCUCUGGCUCAUCACCCUCUGGGUAUGUUCAGGUUCACUGUACAAUCACUUCCAAGUCUUUCAUGACCCGGCCCUUACACAACCUAUAAAUGCGUUUCACUGUAUUUUAAAGGUGAGGCUCUCCAUAUCGUAAUGAUGCUGGAUUUGUGUGAAUUCAAUAACUGUGUUACUGUUUUCUUAUCAGUGUGUGGACCUGAGUUCCAGCACAUAGGAGUAGGAGUGGGACAUCGACUGGACAUAUUCUCCUCUGGAGUUCUAGGUGGGGCUUUCUGUCAUGUCCUCCAAAUUACAAAAAAUAUAUUUUGCUGAGGGAUUUGCUCAUUUGAACCACAUCGGGCCUGCAUUACUGCACUGAUUAAGUUUUCACCUUUCAUGUGAUGUUUGAUCAUUACAUCACCAUGGCAUCUGUUUCUCCUCAGUUCUAGGUGUUGGCCAGGCAAACAAGGCUCUGACUGAUCUCUACAGAUCUCAUGUCACUAGAGUAAGCGUUCAUCUCUAUUUAUGUUACAAGUAAAAGAGCAUGCAGUUUAUUGGAUGUGGAAAAUCCAUAUGGGAUCGUUGUGAUAGAAUACUGAGAUUGCCAUGAUGCAUUUCUUGUUCAACUUUUGGUAAUUUAUUCAGGAUUAUACAUUGGAAGGUGAAUUCGGGAUGGCCACAGAUAAUUUCUCUCACACAGGCCGCCUCAUAGAGAGGACCACAUAUGGUAGGUACAUCAGCGCUUUUUUUUUUUGCCUUGCACCUUACUGAAAUAAAUACAGAAUCUAUAAAACAUUAUCUUGACUGUGUAACAACCCUUGACGUGCCUUCCAGAUCACAUCACACGGGACAAGCUGGAGAGAGUCCUGGCCAUGAUGCAAGGAUCCAAUCAGAAGGCCCUGCUCACGUACGUCCACCAUUCAUUCUAGUUCUGUGGUCCACCUCUUAUCCCUCUCUGUUCACCUUACUUUAUCUACUCACUGAGCCAAGGCAAAUUGCAAUUAGAGCAUUCCCAUGACCUGUACCAAUUCAACCCCAUUACUUACCAAACUAAUGCUGUGAUAUAAGUGCCUGUCAGUUGUCAGUGCCAGCGCAAGCGUAUUUGUUAUUUUUGCUAUACCCAGUGUGUGGAGCAGUGUAGGAUAACUGUUUGUUCUGGCAGGUACUCUAAGGUGGACAUGAGCACCCAGGAGGCCUAUGAGCUGGCUGUGAAGGGGGAACUGCGUCCCGACGGGAAGUCUCCCCCUAUCAUGACAGGCCUGCGUUUAUUACACUUCCAACCACCCCAUUUUACCUUGGGUAAAUAUAUUACCACGUCCAGUUUCACCUGUACUGUACAACACCCUGCUAGAUAGACUCUUGCUCACACACAUAGUUACAGUACACACAAAGACGCAGGGACACACUCACAUGCAAUAGGACUUGGCACAUGGCUCUUUCUAACUGAUGAACUGCAACAGACACCUCAUUGCAUUAGAUACAGUGGGGGAAAAAAGUAUUUAGUCAGCCACCAAUUGUGCAAGUUCUCCCACUUAAAAAGAUGAGAGGCCUGUAAUUUUCAUCAUAGGUACACGUCAACUAUAACAGACAAAAUGAGAAAAGAAAAUCCAGAAAAUCACAUUGUAGGAUUUUUAAUGAAUUUAUUUGCAAAUUAUGGUGGAAAAUAAGUAUUUGGUCAAUAACAAAAGUUUCUCAAUACUUUGUUAUAUACCCUUUGUUGGCAAUGACACAGGUCAAACGUUUUCUGUAAGUCUUCACAAGGUUUUCACACACUGUUGCUGGUAUUUUGGCCCAUUCCUCCAUGCAGAUCUCCUCUAGAGCAGUGAUGUUUUGGGGCUGUCGCUGGGCAACACGGACUUUCAACUCCCUCCAAAGAUUUUCUAUGGGGUUGAGAUCUGGAGACUGGCUAGGCCACUCCAGGACCUUGAAAUGCUUCUUACGAAGCCACUCCUUCGUUGCCCGGGCGGUGUGUUUGGGAUCAUUGUCAUGCUGAAAGACCCAGCCACAAUUCAUCUUCAAUGCCCUUGCUGAUGGAAGGAGGUUUUCACUCAAAAUCUCACGAUACAUGGCCCCAUUCAUUCUUUCCUUUACACGGAUCAGUCGUCCUGGUCCCUUUGCAGAAAAACAGCCCCAAAGCAUGAUGUUUCCACCCUCAUGCUUCACAGUAGGUAUGGUGUUCUUUGGAUGCAACUCAGCAUUCUUUGUCCUCCAAACACGACGAGUUGAGUUUUAACCAAAAAGUUCUAUUUUGGUUUCAUCUGACCAUAUGACAUUCUCCCAAUCCUCUUCUGGAUCAUCCAAAUGCACUCUAGCAAACUUCAGACAGGCCUGGACAUGUACUGGCUUAAGCAGGGGGACACGUCUGGCACUGCAGGAUUUGAGUCCCUGGCGGCGUAGUGUGUUACUGAUGGUAGGCUUUGUUACUUUGGUCCCAGCUCUCUGCAGGUCAUUCGCUAGGUCCCCCCGUGUGGUUCUGGGAUUUUUGCUCACCGUUCUUGUGAUCAUUUUGACCCCACGGGGUGAGAUCUUGCAUGGAGCUCCAGAUCGAGGGAGAUUAUCAGUGGUCUUGUAUGUCUUCCAUUUCCUAAUAAUUGCUCCCACAGUUGAUUUCUUCAAACCAAGCUGCUUACCUAUUGCAGAUUCAGUCUUCCCAGCCUGGUGCAGGUCUACAAUUUUGUUUCUGGUGUCCUUUGACAGCUCUUUGGUCUUGGCCAUAGUGGAGUUUGGAGUGUGACUGUUUGAGUUUAUGGACAGGUGUCUUUUAUACUGAUAACAAGUUCAAACAGGUGCCAUUAAUACAGGUAACGAAUGGAGGACAGAGGAGCCUCUUAAAGAAGAAGUUACAGGUCUGUGAGAGCCAGAAACCUUGCUUGUUUGUAGGUGACCAAAUACUUAUUUUCCACCAUAAUUUGCAAAUAAAUUCAUUAAAAAUCCUACAAUGUGAUUUUCAGGAUUUUUUUUCUCUCAAUUUGUCUGUCAUAGUUGACGUGUACCUAUGAUGAAAAUUACAGGCCUCUCAUCUUUUUAAGUGGGAGAACUUGCACAAUUGGUGGCUGACUAAAUACUUUUUUCCCCCACUGUAUGUAUCAGGUAUUCUUGAAUAGAGGGGCAAUUCCACGGUAAGAGUGACACUGAGACUCCGAUUUUUCACUUUAAAAUGUAUGCCAAACAAAAACCAAUGAUUGUAAAGUUAAAGCAUACAACUCUAUGCACAAUAACUACUUUUAACAAUUUAUACUGAACAUUUUACAAAAUAAAAUGUACUUGAACAGUGCAAAUGCAAAGUUUGGUAACAGAAUAACGGUUUGUGCUGUUUGUGCCGUCAUUCUGUUACCAAACUUAGCAUCUGCAGUGUUUUUAAAGUAAAGGUGCUUUUGUAAAAUUGUUGGUAUAAAUUGUUAAAAGUAGUUAUUGUGCAUAGAGUUGUAUGGCUUGUUUAACUUUGCAAUCAUUGGUUUUUGUUUGAAAUACAGUAUUAUUCUAUUAUCGUGGAAUUGCCCAGUGCGCAAUUUAAUUUAUAAAAUUGCCCCCCCUUCCCCAAUACAUGUAUAAAUAUUAAAAUAAAAUCCAAUUUUAUUCGUCACACGUGCCGAAUACAACAGGUGUAGACCUUACAGUGAAAUGCUUACUUAUAAGCCCUUGUUACCGUGGAAUUGCCCAGUGCUCAAUUCAAUGCUCUGAGAUAGGAUUGUGUCGAGGCACAGAUCUGGGGAAGGGUACCAAAAAAUGUCUGCUGCAUUGAAGGUCCACAAGAACACAGUGGCCUCCAUCAUUCUUAAAUGGAAGAAGUUUGGAACCACCAAGACUCUUUCUAGAGCUGCCCGUCCGGCCAAACUGAGCAAUUGUGGUGAAGGGCCUUGGUCAGGGAGGUGACCAAGAACCCAAUGGUCACUCUGACAGAGCUCUAGAGUUCCUCUGUGGAGAUGGGAGAACCUUCCAGAAGGACAACCAUCUCUGCAGCACUCCACCAAUCAGGCCUUUAUGGUAGAGUGGCCAGACGGAAGCCACUCCUCAGUAAAAGGCACAUGACAGCCCGCUUGGAGUUUACCAAAAUGCACCUAAAGACUCUGACCAUGAGAAACAAGAUUAUCUGGUCUGAUGAAACCAAGAUUGAACUCUUUGGCCUGAAUGCCAAGCGUCACGUCUGGAGGAAACCUGGCACCAUCCCUACGGUGAAGCAUUGUGGUGGCAGCAUCAUGCUGUGGGGAUGUUUUCAGCGGCAGGGACUGGGAGACUAGCCAGGAUCGAGGCAAAGAUGAACGGAGCAAAGUACAGAGAGAUCCUUGAUGAAAACCUGCUCCAGAGUGCUCAGGACCUCAGACUGGGGCGAAGGUUCACCUUUCAACAGGACAACGACCCUAAGUACACAGCCAAGCAACGCAGGAGUGGCUUCGGGACAAGUCUCUGAAUGUCCUUUAGUGGCCCAGCCAGAGCCCGGACUUGAACCCUAUCGAACAUCUCUGGAGAGACCUGAAAAUAGCUGUGCAGCAAUGCUCCCCAUCCAACCUGACAGAGCUUGAGAUGUUCUGCAGAGAGGAAUGGGAGAAACUCCCCAAAUAUAGGUGUGCCAAGCUUGUAGCGUCAUACCUAAGAAGACUCUAGGCUGUAAUCGCUGCCAAAGGUGCUUCAGCAAAGUACUGAGUAAAGGGUCUGAAUACUUAUGUAAAUGUAAUAUUUGCAAAAAUUUAUAAAAACCUGUUUUUGCUUUGUCAUUGUGGGGUAUUGUGUGUGUAGAUUGAUGAGGGAAAAUAAACAUUUAAUCAAUUGUAGUAUAAGUCUGUAAUGUAACAAUGUGGAAAAAGUCAAGGGGUCUGAAAUACUUUCCGAAGGUACUGUAUGCUAAAAUGUUUAUUCUAUUCUACUGCCAUUUUCUUUAUAUUCAUAUUCUUAUUUUUUUACUAUUUCAUAUUGUUAUUCCAUUGUCGAGAAGGAACCUGCAAGUAAGCAUUUCGUUGGACAAUGUAUACCAUGCGUAUCCCGUACAUACAACGAAUAAAACUAGAAACUUGCUAAUUCAGUUUGCUACAUUUCAUAAACCUGUUAUCUCCCUCUCACAGAGGUGCAGUGUUUGAAUGAAACCCAGCGGUACCUGUGCAGAAUCCUGCAUGAAAUGGGUUUGGAGCUCCGCAGCACGGCCAUAUGUAAGGGAGUGCGCCGCACUCGAGACGGACCCUUCACCCUACAGCACGCCUUGACCCAUCAACACUGGACUUCCCCAGAUGUCAUACAGGCCAUCCAACAGUACCGCUCUUCCAGAAAGGCUAGAAAAGCCAAGUGCACACAGCCAGGGAAGGAUACAGGAACAGCCAGUCAAAUACAGGAGAUGGUGGAAGAAGCAGCGGUCACUGGUGAUUCCCACCGGUUACACUCUGUAUUGACCUCAAAAGCAUUUGGCUCUUGAUGUCCUUGGAAUAGAUAUCCUCGAAAGCUACACCAGCCUCAAAACAGACUGGUUUUAGUCAAUGAAGAUGUAGCCUCUGCCACAGCCUUUCACCUCACCUUUGAGUGUGAAGCCUGGAGCCUAGGCUAAUGAAGAAUUGGCUGUUGGAAAGACUGGUGAUGUGCAAUGUCUCUGCUUUCUUUAUGCCAAUGUAAAAUGUAUGACCUCAUGUUUGUAUCAGUCAAUGUCUGCUCUUUUAAAUUAAAAUAUAUUCCAAAUGAUGUGAUCAUCUCAAAAAUGUGUAGGGGGAAAUAAGCUAAUAAGUAUUCUUAGUUCUAAGAAACACUCCGUUCCAUUACAUUACACAUAAGUCAUUGGGCGAAGGCGUC